ACGAUGGCGACUCAACGACCUCACAGCACAAGAGGCUAGGUAGGGGCUGUUACCUCAGAAACAAUGUAGUCCAAGUAAUAAUCAAAGGCGAAAAAACAUGUUAUUAUAGUGACAACGUAGCUAGUUAAGAUAAAGGCGGAGAGGAGCAUUUUCUUGAAGUAAUGUUUCGUGGCUGUCACUCACGUUCUCCGACCAUAAUGUGAGACGGAGAAAAGGGGAUCUUCGACCGAGCAGCACAGUCAUAAUCUGGAUGACAAACAUUGCUAAAUGGUGAUUCUCUAUCAAACCGGACUCGCUGGUUUUAUUAUAGCUGGCUGGCUAGCUGUAUGAUAUCCUCCAUCGCAAAGAAAGUCAUCUGACAACAAGUAUUUCAACGUCGAAACCCCAGAGGGGAACCACUGAGGAAGGAUGAAAUUCACGGAGCACCUUUCGGCGCACAUCACCCCUGAAUGGAGAAAACAAUACAUCCAGUAUGAGGCUUUCAAGGAUAUGCUGUAUUCUGCCCAGGACCAGGCUCCCUCUAUCGAAGUCACAGACGAGGACACAGUCAAGAGAUACUAUGCCAAGUUUGAGGAGAAGUUCUUUCAGGCGUGCGAGAAGGAGCUGGCCAAAAUCAAUACAUUCUACUCAGAAAAGCUAGCCGAGGCCCAGCGUCGUUUCGCCACUCUCCAAAAUGAGCUGCAGUCGUCGCUGGACGCCCAGAGGGAAAGCAGCAUGCAAGGCCUCCGUCGCCGCCGCAAGGCCGUGUUCCACCUGUCCCAGCAGGAGCGCUGCAAACACCGCAACAUCAAGGACCUGCAGCUGGCCUUCUCCGAGUUCUACCUCAGCCUCAUCCUGCUGCAGAACUACCAGAAUCUGAACUUCACAGGUUUCCGUAAAAUCCUGAAGAAGCAUGAUAAGAUCCUGGAGACGUCGCGGGGGGCCGACUGGCGCGUGGCCCAUGUGGAGGUUGCCCCCUUCUACACCUGCAAGAAGAUCACCCAGCUCAUCUCUGAGACUGAGGCCCUGGUAACACAAGAGUUGGAGGGAGGAGACAGACAGCGAGCCAUGAAGAGGCUACGAGUGCCACCACUGGGUGCUGCACAGCCUGCUCCGGCGUGGACCACCUUUAGGGUUGGGUUGUACUGUGGAGUCUUCCUAGUCCUCAUGGUCACCGUCGUCAUCACAGCUGCGGUUGUGAUAGAGAAUGCCAACGUGUGGCCACUGGUGAGGAUCUACCGCGGCGGCUUCCUGCUGAUCGAGUUCCUCUUCCUGUUGGGCAUCAACACGUACGGCUGGCGCCAGGCAGGGGUUAACCACGUGCUUAUCUUCGAGCUCAACCCACGCAACAACCUCUCCCACCAGCACCUCUUUGAGAUUGCUGGUUUCCUGGGGGUGCUGUGGUGUGUGAGCAUCCUUUCCUGUCUGUUCUCCAAAUCCAUCCUGGUGCCCAUGCAGGCCAACCCGCUGGUCCUCUACGGCUUCUUCUUACUCUUCCUCAUCAACCCCUUCAAGACCCUCUACUACAAGUCACGCUUCUGGCUCCUCAAACUGCUGUUCCGUGUGGUGACAGCCCCAUUCCACAGGGUAGAGUUUGCAGACUUCUGGCUGGCUGACCAGCUCAACUCUCUAGGGGUGGUUCUGAUGGACCUGGAGUACCUCAUCUGUUUCUACAGCUUCGAGCUCGACUGGAAGCAACAGGACGGGCUACUGCAGGACAGUGGAGGUGUGUGUCACUCCUACUCGUACGGUGUGCGGGCCGUGAUCCAGUGUCUACCGGCGUGGUUCCGCUUCGUGCAGUGCCUGCGCCGUUACCGUGACUCCAAACGGGCUUUCCCUCACCUGGUCAACGCCGGGAAAUACUCUACCACUUUCUUCGUGGUCACCUUUGCUGCUCUGUACAGCACUCACAAAGAGAAUUCUGCGAGUCACAACGAAGCUAAGAUCUUCUUCUACCUGCUGAUUGGCUGUUCCAUAGUCAGUUCCUGUUACACCCUGGUGUGGGACCUGAAGAUGGACUGGGGCCUGUUUGACCGAAACGCAGGCGAUAACACCUUACUCAGAGAGGAGAUCGUCUACCCCCAGAAAGCCUACUACUACUGUGCCAUACUGGAGGAUGUGUUGCUACGUUUUGCCUGGACGAUACCCCUCUUCCUGAGCACAGUCAGUGGGAUACCCUCCGCUGCAGACAUCCUGGCCACCAUCCUAGCCCCUCUGGAGGUCUUCAGGCGUUUUGUCUGGAACUUCUUCCGUCUGGAGAACGAGCACCUGAAUAACUGUGGCGAGUUCCGAGCCGUGAGGGACAUCUCAGUGGCUCCACUGAACGCUGACGACCAGACGCUGCUGGAGCAGAUGAUGGACCAGGAGGACGGAGUCCGGAACCGCCUGGGCAAGAAGAACUGGAAACGCUCCUACAGCAUGUCUCUGAGACGGCCUCGCCUCGCUUCCCAGACCAAGACCCGAGACACCAAAGUUCUCAUCGAGGACACUGAUGAGGACACCUGACAUCAGGCCAGACCCAUUGCAUCCAUAGCAUGGGUUCAGAACCUCUUUAAAGGACCACGCCCCUCCUAGGGGCACGCCCCCUGGUCCGCUUCCUCCCCCUUCAAUCAGUCGAUCGAUCGUUUGAUUGACCUGCCCCCUCGUCAGCUUCUCCAAUCAGUCCAUCACAGAGCUGCCUAUCUGCACCUUACAUGUAUUGACAUAAAUACACACACACACACAGAGAGAGAGGGAGUACAAAGACAUGAAUAUAGGAGUAGGUAGAGGAACAAAAUAUUACACACACCUUGGAACAGCUACUUUUAAGAAACGUUCUUUUUGUUACAUUCAUGGUCCAUUUAGGACUGAGUUGACGUCACCCGUUAUUCUUCAGAUUCAUGGGAAAGAGACGAAACAACAAGACUGUACAUGUUGAUGUAGAUAUCAGGAAGAACAAACGGGUGGACUAACUUUUGAUUUCAAGAUGGCUAAUCAGAAAUGAUGGAAUAUAAAAAAAAGACUGAGAGCGUUGGACUCUGAACAGUGAUUGCAGAGGAGUGUCUGACCAGUCUGGUUCUUUGACUUCCUCAUUCCAUUUUUGAUGAACAGGAUUUUGAAGAUGACUAUAUUAAUGUGGCUGUUCUUUCCAUGUGCUAUAAGUUCUUCCACGAAUACCUUGGUUCUUAUUUUAUUUUGUUGAAUGUACAUUUAAUUGUUAUUUAUGUGAGGGGAGAGAUGCCUAAAACAUUUUGGGAGUGAUUUUUUAAAAUUAAAAACAAAAUGGGUGUUUCUGAGUCUCUGCCUGACGUUGCCCAUAAGAACUGUUCCAGGACCUGUUGGGGAUUGGGAUUCAUUCUAAUGGUUAAGUGGGUCGGCCUGAAUAUAAGUCUGAUCAGAGACCAAUGUUUUUUGGGCAUCUCAUCCUAUAAAAGGACUUUGUAUGUUCAAAAACCCUCAGAAGGCUUCGAUGUAGACAAUUCUCUCAAAACAAGCCACCCCCUUCCCUGUCUUCAGAACCUUCCAAUCUGGGUUAACUAUAACAUUAUGUUUACUUUCAUGCCAAAUCUAGUCUUUUGUCUUUUUCGAUACCAGUGUGAGCUAAUGCAGUCUCUCAGUAAGCUGUGGGGAGAAUGGCAGGAUUUUCUACUAUCGUUAUAACGCUUGCUCUUCUCAGAGCUAGCCAAAUAUCUGCAACAUUCCAUUGAGAGCUGGACUGUGCUUCCACGGCACAAUGCCUCCGUAAGUCACAUAGCACAGCAGAUAUAAAUAGAAUCUAUAGAAGAUAUUUCACUAUUAACAGCCCUCACUUUUUCUUGGUCAUGUGACAUGAGGUGUCAGGUCACAUGGUCAGGAGAAAAUCAGAGCCCUACUCACUUUUUAAUAUAUACCUUCUGUUCUAGACAUCUGAGUUCUAUC